ACGCGUGCAUGUGACGUCACGGGUGGGCGGGAUCGGCCGCUGUUCACAGUGCUGAUUCUACGCUUCGGACUGACUGACAGAAGGACGGACGGAGAGUUGAAGCGCUCGAGCUACUACCCUCACCCGUCUGUCCUUCGCUUCUUAUCAUUCAUUCCUCCCCGCACCGGCAAACAAAAUAAUCCGCACCCUCUUCCCAAACCAUGGAUUGUUAACGAAAGCGUGCAAUGGAUCAGCAAGAAUGAUGGAUUCGCUCGCCUCAUUUCUCAUCGCCCUUUUGGCUCUCCUCACACAUCCCAGUGCCUCAGCCGACAGAAAAUUCGGUUGCUUAUUUCAGGAUGAACUUUGUGCAAACCAUGAGAUCUGCUUAAAUGAUGGAGUUUUUGGGAAGUGCCAGCGGGUACCGGUGAUAGACGUAUAUAGAUACGAAGUUUCACCACCUGUUGUGCAGCACUUCAGGAAACUUUUACAGAAGCUUUCUCAUCGUGGGCUGACUUGGCAAGAUGACACAACUCAACAGAUAAUCUCAAAUGAACUUUCCAAACUGCAAAAGAUCUACUACCGUACUCCAGAGACAAAAAACAUAGACAGCAAUAGCAAAUCCAGGACAAGCACCCAGGGGACAGAUGUUGAAAGAAAUUAUGGUCAAGGUGCUGACUCUAACCUGGGGAGAUCUCUACAGCAAUACCUCCAGUCUCUGGGCUUUCUGCCUCAGUCAGCAGCUCCAGCUAUUCAGAAGACUAAUGUUGAAAAGCUUCCAAUGAAGAAUGAUGCAGUCAAGACAGAGAGGUUACGGGAUUACCUAUGGCAAAAAUCCCAGGGAAGAGGGCACUUGUUUCCUUUGGCCUCACCUCUGCAGUCAAAACACUCGGACAGGACACUGCCAACAAAAUUCUUUGCUCCUUUCCAGGCUGAUAGAGCCUCUUUCCCACUGGGAGUGGUGAACUUCCCCAACAAACAGUCCAUCGACAGCCAUACUCUUCUUUCAGCUCUGGAAGAGUACCUAGUGAAGAAGAUAGCCACUCAGAACACUGAUGAAAAGAGCCUUGAUGGGAAGCCGAAGGUACUGCUUGGUUACACAAGUGGUGCACGUUCAUCUAAGAAUAAUCAGUUGGAAGGUCUUGCUAAAAACGAAGAAAUGGACAGCUCCAAAGGCAAGAAAACACUUAAUUUGAAACAUGACAGCAUGCCACAGAGGCCAAAAGGUGACAGACUGAGUUAUAAACCUAGCUCCAACUCAGUGGCUGACAGAGAUCCUCUCAGCUUAAUGGAUGAAAACUUCAUUCAGACUAUGGUCAAAGAACUGGGGAAGCACAAUAUCAAUGUGGAGGACCUGAGUUCCAAAGACCUGGACAAACUUGCUGAUGUGAUUGCUCAGGCAUUGCAAGUUGUAGAUGGCAACAGUGUUGGCCAAAAACCUAUUAAAGGGCAAAAAGAAAUGAAGAGACUUUCAUUUUUCAAACCACAGGAGUUCUCAGAAAAAUCAUUAGGAAAACAGGAUGCAAUGCCAGGUAAUGCACUCCAAAAGACACAGCCAGAAAAAGAAGAAGAUGAUAAAAGUCCAUCUGAAAAGGAUACCAGCUUGGUUGCAAAAUUGAUAGAGUAUCUGGAUAGGAACCCCAUUACUACAUCCCCUUUCCUGGAAGGUGCAUCUCAGGAGUCCCAGAGCAUAGAAUCAGUACGAUCUGAUGACUCCAGUGAAAUUCCUGAAGAACCAGUUGUCACUGGAGUGGAGAAUGUAAAGAGUAGAACCAUCCAGAAAGCCCUUUCUGUAGAGAAAAAGAGUGAGGAAGUAGACAAGGACAUGAAAGAAGAAGCAGAGCUUCAGCGCUGGAUUCAUGAAGUCCCUGUUGUUGAUGAAAGCACCUACUCUGAGCCCCAAAAGAAGGACAUGCAGUUUGAGGAGGAGAUACAAUUGGAUGUGAAAUCUGCUUCUAGUAGUGAAAAUAAUGAUGAAUAUGGAUAUAUUGUAACCAAUAAAGACACUCUCACCACAGAGAGGGGCCUGCACUUGAUGGAGAUUUUGGCACGUCAUCUGAGGCUGCAGAUAACGCAUUUCAGAGAUGUUGAAGUUUUGGGCCCAGCAGUGACCUUUCAACUGGGUGCCAACCCACAGAACUUAUCAACCGCAGAUGUGGCAAAAGCUGCAGAAACACAGAAAACCAAGCUGGAAGAAGAGACAGGGCUGAACAUUGUACAGACUGGAGUAGGAGAUAAAAGCCACCUGAAACUCUUGCCCCUCAGAUCAGAGGCUGAAGAUUCAACCAAGUUUCUGAUCCUCACAGUGAUCUCUAUUAUCUGUAUUAUUGGGGUACUGCUCGCUUCUGCAGUGGUGUAUUGCAUUCGCCAUCGCUCUCAUCACCGCCUGAAAGAGAAGCUGACAGGAGUGACAGGUGACGUCAGCAGUGAUGUGCCAACAACCUACCAGGAGCUGUGCCGGCAGCGUAUGGCUGUCAAAACAUCUGAUCGUCCAGAACCUUUGCACACUUCACGCAUUAACAGCGUUUCAUCUCAGUUUAGCGAUGGGCCUAUGCCAAGCCCAUCCACUCGCAGCAGCACUUCCUCUUGGUGUGAGGAACCUGUCCAAUCAAACAUGGAUAUCUCCACUGGGCACAUGAUUCUGUCUUACAUGGAAGACCACUUGAAAAACAAGAAUCGUUUGGAGAAAGAGUGGGAGGCGCUCUGUGCCUAUCAGGCUGAGCCCAAUGCUACCACAAUAGCACUGAAAGAAGAAAACAGGAAGAAAAACCGCAGUGAAAAAGUCGUUGCUUAUGAUCAUUCCAGAAUAACCUUGAAGGCUGAAAAUAACCAUGGCAAUUCAGAUUACAUCAAUGCAAGUCCAAUUAUGGACCAUGACCCCAGGAACCCUGCAUACAUCAGUACUCAAGGUCCACUGCCAGCUACUGUUGCAGAUUUCUGGCAGAUGGUCUGGGAGAAUGGCUGUAUCGUUAUUGUCAUGCUUACUCCUCUCACGGAAAAUGGAGUCAAACAGUGCUACCAGUAUUGGCCAGACGAGGGUUCAAAUCUUUACAAUAUUUAUGAGGUAAAUCUGGUUUCUGAGCACAUCUGGUGUGAGGACUUCCUUGUACGAAGUUUCUAUUUGAAGAAUCUGCAGACAAAUGAAACUCGCACUGUGACGCAAUUCCACUUUCUCACCUGGUUGAACAAGAGCGUUCCAGAGUCUGCCAGAACCCUUCUGGACUUUCGCAGAAAGGUAAACAAGUGCUACAGGGGCCGGUCAUGUCCAAUAAUUGUUCACUGCAGUGAUGGUGCAGGCAGAAGUGGGACAUACAUUCUGAUUGACAUGGUCCUCAAUAAGAUGGCUAAAGGUGCUAAAGAGAUUGAUAUUGCUGCUACCCUGGAGCACUUGAGGGACCAAAGACCAGGCAUGGUCCAGAUAAAGGAGCAGUUUGAGUUUGCAUUGACAGCAGUUGCGGAGGAGGUGAACGCAAUACUCAAAGCACUUCCACAGUGAGAGUUCUGAGUUGUUCAAGGCUUAAGGCCCAGAGGGUCCUUCGUUUCUUUGUCUCUCAGUCUCUGUGAAUGUUAUAUGGAAAUCGUGACCUGAUUUUAACCGUGUACCUUUUUAUUGUAACCUGUUAGAAGUUGUGUCCCAAAAAAUCUUCAGUAAUUAUAUAAUCAGGUAACGUGUUUUUAUUUUUUCUUUAACAUUACUUUUUAGAAGGGAAGGGGGGUGGGCAUUGUGUCCAUUUACUUCAGAAAGAAAAUAAAAACAUGAAUAUUAGAAAUGUGUGUGCUGUGGUUCAGAUCAACACAUAAAUCUUUGUCUAUUUUGAGAGAUCUCUCUCACUGCUUUCAUUAACUUGGAAGGUAAUGUUCUGUAAAUGUUUGCUUAGAAAGCAAACUCGGAUUUACUCUAGGAAUAGUCUGUCCAAGUUUGCACUUCUGUGAUUUAUGGUAGAUUUUCCAUUCAAUACCUGUUAAGGACAUUUUUCAUCUACUUGCUUUUUGUUAUUUAAAUUUAUAACCUAAAAAUGAAUUUGUGUUUUACAAAAGGUUUUUUGAAUUAGCAUACUUACAUCUUUUCAUUUUUUUGGUUUGUACAUUCAGAUUUAAGUUAAUGGCCACACUGAAAACUAGACACAUCAUUUUAAGAAUGCAGCAAGAAGCUGCACUUUGAUACUCUAAAAAGUAAGUAAUAUUUGAGGACAUUUCAUAUCAGCUGUGUUUUUUAUUAUUAUAACGACAGAAAAACACACUGAAAAUGACUGUAUAAGAUAUAUCCAUCCCCCAUUUUGUGACCCACUUAAUCCGAUUUAGGGUUUCGGGGUUCAGAGACUAGAUGCCAUACUCUUAAUCCUCAACUAGAUGGUAUCUCUUUGACUGUUGGAUAAAAAUGAUCUGAUUCACUUCAGUGAUCUCACACUUCUGACCAUACAUUUAUCACCAGUGGACAUAAACGUAGAAAUGCUAAGUGUUUGAUAUUACUCAAUUUCUAUUAAAUUGCAGAAAUUGGUGUUAAUAGAAAUAAAAUGAUAGUCUUUGUCUGUAAUGUAAUUUCUAUGAGUGUAAGGCUUAUUAUGCACCUUUUGUAUGUUUAUUUUAUUUUUGAUGCAAAGGUCUGUUUUCUCUUUUACUGAUCAAUUAUCUGCUUGUAUCACAAAAUAAAAAAUUCUGUUUAAGAAUAAUUAAUUCAUUUUCUCCAUUUGCCUGGUUUAAUGUGGCAGAGGAAUUGCCAUCUUUGAUGAGGCCCCUGCAUCUUAAUGUAUCCUCUUCUUUUGUUAAGGCCUUUUAUUUCAUUGACAGAGCACUACGGAGACACUAUCAAGUAAAUCAUUGUCAUGCUAACAAGCUAUUAGUUAUGAUCAGAGUGAUGUUUUUUCCUUCCUUGCCAUGCCCUUGUGUAGCUUCAGAGCCUCUAAACAGAUUGUUAAAUGGUUCUUUCCCUUUUGAGAAGAAGGCCAAAAGCAUAUGGAAAAUUUCAAGUAUAAAAAAAUAAUGCCACGUAUUGUCUUAACUCAAUAAAUGGAGGCAGGGAUAGCUCCAUAAGAACGCAGUUAAAGUCACUGAAUUUUGGUAAAAAAAAUUAUCUUCUGUGUGUGUGUGUGUGUGUGUGUGUGUGCGUGCGUGUGUGGGUGUGUGUGUGUGUGUGUUUGCAUGUGUGUGUGUUUUCAGGUGGUGGUGAGGUGGGGGUGUCCAAAAGAGACUAGCGUGCAUCAGGAAAAAAAAUAUACAGAGAUCAAAGACUGAAUGAAACUCUUUUCAUCCAGAAGAGCUCUAGUCUUUCCUCACCUUCUACAACUGAGAUAUAUAAGCACAUGAACACUUACAUUUGGCACCCCUUGUUUAAGAAGGAAUGAAUGUGACAUUGUGCCAUGCUGUUUUUUAAAUUUACAGUGAAAGGUGCUAUAUUUCCACCUUUCAAUGGCAGUACAAUGAUCCAUGAUGUAGCAUAUGCAGAGUGCUACUAGCAAAAAAUAUAUUCAUAUCUCUUUAAAACUCUGUGGGUAUUUGCUGUUGGUGUCAUUAUUCAGCACAUUAAGUUAAUUACUUUUCAUUUUGCUUUGAAAAUUUAAUUACUUCAUGGUAGAAUUACAUGUAAUAAAAUAAAAAGAAGUAAGAGCAGAGGUCAUGCAAAAAGUUUUAAAAUUUUCCAAUUUAAUCUUGAAAAUCUUAGAAAUGCUUAUCAAAUUCCCAGUAAUAUCAUCAUUUGUUGUCGUUCAUUUUUUCAUUAAACUGUUAAACAUAUCUGCGGUGGGUUGGCACCCUGCCCAGGAUUGGUUCCCUGCCUUGUGCCCUGUGUUGGCUGGGAUUGGCUCCAGCAGACCCCCGUGACCCUGUUUGGAUUCAGCGGGUUGGAAAAUGGAUGGAUGGAUGGAUGUUAAACAUAUGAAAAUGUAUUAAUUUAAGCUAAAAGUAAAUGGGAUAUUAAAGAACAAUAAAUGAUUCCAGGUAAUGGAUUGUCACAUAAAAGUUAUUACUGUUUUAUUUGACAGAAGCAGACUUAAUAUUUCUAUUUGUCUAGCAGGGAUUCCCCUUAUUAUCAAUCUAUGGGUGAAUGAGAGAUUCUAACAUGCUUCUUGUAUGAGUUAUGAAGUACCCUACAGUUUAGCUACCCUUAUAUAUCUAUAAUUGUAAUGUAUUUCAUUGUAUAUAAUUCAAAUAAUACAGAAUAUUUUGUUCUACCUCUGUAAAAAAUCACUUAUGAAUAAAGUAUCAUCUGUGGAGUAUUA